AUGCAGCUGAUAUUCUGUAGGCUUCGCACACAUCAAUGGUGCUUUCUCCUCUUCAAUGUGAUUCUUUUCCACGCCUUGCUCUUUGGGGCUGACAUUGUGGAGGAGUACCUGCUCCAGUCCUCUCCGACCACCUACGCAGAUGCCCAAACGCUGGAUGUCCGCGAGAGAGCCAGGAAACUGGACAUGGGCCUGGUCAAGAGAAACGCCUCCAAUUUUUUUCACAUCAGCAGCGCAGGGGCUUGUGGCAAUGCUGACCUCUUUCUCCUGGCUGUCGUUUCCAGCAAUGCAGAAAACCUAACACAGCGGGAAAUAAUCAGGAAGACUUGGGCCAACAUGAGCCAAGUGCAAGGUUAUGGUUUGUUGACACUAUUUGCAAUUGGGAUCCCUCAGACACAGGCAACCCAAGAGGAGAUCAACAAAGAGUAUGAAAACCACAGGGAUAUCAUUCAAGGCACCUUCUCGGACUCGACCAACAAUGUCGUCCUUAAAACUAUCAUGAUCAUGCGCUGGGCUGUGACAUUUUGCUCCAAAGCUUUGUUCAUUCUGAAAUCUGAUGAAGAGGCCUUUGUCAAUUAUAGAAGCUUGGUUGAAUACCUGCUUAGUUUGAAGAAGCAUGCCGAAGAUCUUUACAUUGGGAGGGUCUAUCACCAGGUUAUGCCCAUUCGAGACCCCCUGAGUAAAUAUUAUGUGCCUGUCAGUCUGUAUUCAAGGAAAUAUUACCCCGAUUUCUGCAGCACUACUGCCUAUGUCAUCUCACAGGAUGUUGCCCGCAAAGUUUUUGUCGUUUCCAUGGCGAUGGAGACCUCAAUGCCUGAAGACAUUUACGUUGGAAUCUGCGCCCAGAAAGCUGGUGUUGUGCCCAUCCACAGCUCCAGGUUCUCUGGGGAGAAGCAUAUUUGGUUCAAUCGCUGCUGCUACAAAUUCAUCUUCAGCUCUUUUGGGAUGACUGGCAAGGAGCUGGUCAAGGCCUGGGAGGAGAUUAAUGACAGCAGGCAAUGUACUAUGUUAGAAACGUACUAUGGACUGAUCAAAUGCAAGGCAUUAACGUAUCUGGACAAGCUCACAUUGCAUAGUAGCACAGAGUCAGAGGAGUUUGUUACUCCAUCAGACUAA